UCAAGAUACCAUUCCACGUUGAGACGUCAUCGGGUGCGCACGUUUGUCGCUUUCAUCGCAUGUCUCAUGUUUUUACGUAUAGUGUUUAUGAACUGAGUGCUGUGUGAAUAACUUUUGGGUGUUUACGUUUGCUUUUUGUUCUAUUCUACACGAGUCAUCACAAGUAUUUUGCAGAAAAAAAAACCAUAUUCUCGACGUGCAUGUAUACCUACGAGUCAGCCGUGAUAUAAAUGUAGCUCAGCGACCUGAAUGAUCUUGACAUCGACAGCUCCACCUAUUAAACAUAAAAGGCCUGUUCAUUUCUGCGUGCAGUCAAAAUGAAGCUUAUGGUUUCUCUAAGCUGACUCUAACCAUGAUUCGGAGUCGCGGAGAAUCUAACGGGUUACCGGGGCUCGACGUGCAGAGUUAGCAUGGUGGUGGUGCUGAACGGCGUGCUCGCGGACGAGUGCCCGACAUCAGUGCGCGCGCUGCUGGCCGCGCACCCUGGCUACAGAGAUGCGGCUGCGCAACUACUAGCGGCCGCCGCUAGGGUUGUACCACCGCCUGGCUUGCUGUAUGUCGGUCAACGGGAGUUAGCGGCUGUGGUACCACAUGACAAAAACGUCAACAUCAUUGGAUCAGAUGACGCCACAUCAUGUAUAAUCGUCGUUAUCAGGCAUUCAGGGUCAGGUGCAGUAGCUCUAGCCCACUUAGAUGGGUCCGGCACAGCGGAGGCGGCGACCGCGAUGGUGUCGCGAGUCCAACAGCUGGCCGUGGGGUACCCGGAGGGUAGGCUCGAGUUACAGCUCGUUGGAGGCUUCACAGACCCUCACCGAUAUUCCGAUGAGCUGUUCGCGAAUAUUAUGUUAUCAUUCCACCGGCUCUCAGUGGAGAUAGACCUGACACUGGCUUGUUGUUGUGAGCUGAACACAGCGCUCGGCGGUGGGUCUGCCGCACCCCUCGUCACAGGUGUCGGUGUGGACAUCCGCGCCGGUGAUCUCUUCCCUGCCACAUUCCCUGACAAAGGACCUGAACUGCCACUAAGAGGUGCUCGGACUAUUACAAGUGGCCCACAUUCUGGACAGGUGCUAGAUAUAUACGACAACACGGUGGGCCUGCUCCGCAUCGGUCCCUUCAACUACGAGCCACUGCGCGGCGUGGACCUGUGGCUGGAACAAUCGGAUGACUUCAUUCUGCAACAUCUUAGCACUACACCCGCUGUGGAACCCCCACAUUUCGUACACAAUAUCCGUGUAACCCUGAAAUUCAUACAGCAGCACCCGUUCCCGGCUGUGACAGUGUUCCCGGACAAUCGCUCGCAUUAUUACCGCCGCGACGAACAAUCUGGGUGUUGGGUACCCAUGCGCUUCUAAACACAUACAAAUACUGAUAAAACUACCAUUUUUAUUAAAUUCAGUAGUAUUUGUUUCUGUAGGACUGACAUUUUAAAAUAUGUAGGGCAAAACUGGUCAUCGUCUUCAUCAUCAUCAACUGCUGGAUAAAGGUUCGCUGGGCAAAAGUGGUCGUGUUCGAAAAUUCAAUAUUUAAAUUUAUUGUUUUUGACGAUCAAUGUUUUUGAUUGAGUGGCGCUGGCAUCGCUUUUAAGGGACCUUUAGCUUCCAUAAAAAGUAAUAGAAUUAAGACUAGUUUUGCUCGUUAAAAAGUAUAAAAGAUAUUGAUAAAAUAAUUUAAACACAAUUAAAUUGUCACCAGUGUUUGUUUUAGUUUUGAAAAUCAGCUAGAUUGAUAGAUUGUUUAGUUCAGAAAAAGUAAACAUAUCAGAAUAAAUGUUAGAAUGAACUACGAAAUUAUGUUACAAGAUAAUAAUAUUGAGAACAACUCUAUAUGACUGUUUGAAAAAAUACCAUGAAAUAUAUACGUAACUAAAUAUUUAAUUAAAAUAAUAAGUAUGCAACUACAUGUAUAAAAAUGGUUUUUGAAAAUAAUGCUUCUGAUGAAAUUUCUAAAAAAUACAUGACACUUCCAUUUUUAGUAUUGGCAAGACUUAACGGGGUUGCCAUAGGACAAAAUGAAAAAUGACAUAAAAAUCAUUCUCUCUAUUCACAGUGCUAGUAAUUUAUUUU